AUGGUGAAAUUAACGAACGUGAAGACAAAGCCGUACACGGACCAGAAACCCGGAACGAGCGGCCUGAGGAAGCGGGUGACUGUUUUCCAGCAGAACCAGCACUAUGCGGAGAACUUCAUUCAGAGCAUUAUCUCUGUCAUCGAGCCUGCUGAGCGUCAGGCAGCCACUCUGGUGGUGGGGGGUGACGGCAGGUUCUUCAUGAAAGACGCCAUUCAGCUCAUCGUUCAGAUUGCAGCAGCCAACGGGAUUGGUCACCUUGUGAUUGGUCAGGAUGGCAUCAUGUCCACACCAGCUGUGUCCUGUGUGAUCCGCAAGAUGAAGGCAGUUGGCGGGAUUAUCCUCACAGCCAGCCACAAUCCAGGUGGCCCCAACGGAGACUUUGGGAUCAAGUUCAACAUUUCCAGUGGAGGGCCUGCUCCUGAAGGCAUUACAAACAAAAUUUUUGAGAUCAGCAAGGGCCUACAGGAAUAUCAUAUCUGCCCAGAGCUUAAAGUGGAUUUGUCAAAGAUUGGCAAACAGACCUUUGAAGUCGAGAGUUUCAAGCCUUUCACUGUGGAAAUCGUGGAUUCUGUUGAGGCCUAUGCAGAUAUGCUGAGGGGGAUCUUUGACUUUGCUGCACUGAAGAACCUUCUCUCUGGAGCCAAUCACAUAAAUGUCCGCCUGGAUGCAAUGCAUGGAGUUGUUGGUCCCUAUGUAAAGAAGAUAGUCUGUGAGGAGUUGGGUUCUCCGGCCAACUCUGCUGUGAACUGUGUGCCUAAGGAGGAUUUUGGCGGGCAUCACCCUGACCCAAACCUUACUUAUGCUGCUGACCUGGUGAACGCCAUGAAAGGCGGAGAAUAUGACUUUGGUGCAGCUUUUGAUGGUGAUGGUGACCGCAACAUGGUGCUCGGUAAACACGGAUUUUUCGUGAACCCGUCAGACUCAGUGGCUGUUAUUGCCGCGAACAUUACCAGCAUUCCGUACUUCCAAAAGACUGGUGUGAAAGGACUGGCUCGCAGUAUGCCCACUAGUGGAGCCCUGGACAAUGUGGCUAAAGCACUGAAAAUGCAACUAUAUGAGACUCCAACAGGCUGGAAGUUCUUCGGGAAUCUGAUGGAUGCAGGGAAACUGUCACUUUGUGGAGAGGAGAGCUUUGGCACUGGCUCCGAUCAUAUUCGGGAGAAAGAUGGCCUGUGGGCAGUACUUGCAUGGUUGUCAAUCUUAGCCAAUCGGAAACAGAGCGUGGAAGACAUCAUGAAGGAUCACUGGCAAAAAUUUGGCAGAAACUUCUUCACCAGGUAUGACUAUGAGGAGGUUGACUCAGAUGCUGCCAACAAGAUGAUCAAGGAUCUAGAAACAGCAAUGUUCAGCCCAUCCUUUGUGGGGAAGAAGUUCUCAUCGGGUGAUAAGACAUAUGAAGUGGCAAUAGCUGACAACUUUGCCUACACAGACCCUGUGGAUGGAAGUGUUUCCAAAAACCAGGGCCUUAGGAUUAUCUUCGCUGAUGGUUCUCGAAUUAUUUUCCGUCUGAGCGGCACGGGCAGUGCAGGUGCAACUGUCAGACUGUACAUUGAUAGCUAUGAGAAGGACCCCCAGAAAAUUUACCAGGAUCCUCAGGUGAUGUUGGCACCCUUGGUCGACAUCGCCUUGAAGAUUUCACAGCUUCAUGAAAAGACUGGACGUACCGGCCCCACUGUGAUCACAUGA